GUUGUGACUCUGAUGAUGAAAUUCCACCACGGGAAAGUGAUGGAGAUGAGGAUGCAAUGGCUUCACCACUGCCUACUUCACCCAGACCACACCUGCCACACCUGCCUCACCAUCACAUUCCUCCAGAAAGAGAUCUGCACCAGUAUUGGCCACUCAGCCUGCAUCCAAAAAGCACUCACUUACCAUCGUCUGGUUUCUACCAGCUUUCUGCAGCGUCAGAUGCAUCUGUAAACCAAAGGAAGCGUGGCCGAGGUGGGGCUCCCGCUCCUCAGCCAGGAAAAGGAAAAGCAUCAGAUAAAUGUGUAAAACGCAGGAAGCGUGGCCAAGGUUCUUCCUCUUCCAGAAUGACAGAAGAAGAACUCGGGUGGCACAACAGAGAGGAGAAUGACCAAACACCAGAGCCACUGAAUUUCACACCAGCCAGGGUCCCAGGCCCAGCGCUCGACCCCACUGUAGCAUGGUCUCCCCUCUCCAUUUUCAGACUUUUUUUUAGCGCUUCAGUGGUUCAUACAAUCAUUUCCAACACGAACGCCAACGCCCUGAAAAGACUGCAGGCUGGAAAGAAGCAUGUUUGGAAAAUGCUGACUGUGAGGGAUUUCUAUGUUUUCCUGUCCAUUAUAAUUUUCUCAGGCCUCGUCACCGUUCCCAACCGAUCGGACUACUGGAGGAAGAAAUGGCCAUAUAACUUCAAUUUCCCAGGUGAUUCCACAAGGAGCUGCACAAGAUGACGAGUGACCCCAGCAGGACAAAGCCACACACACAGAAGACUUUCAGGGAGCAGCUUGC